AUGCCACGCCGCUGCCAUACUAAGUCCAGGCGGGGCUGCGUACAAUGUAAAGAACGACAUGUCAAGUGUGAUGAGAAUCGUCCAACAUGCAGCCUCUGCAUUCGACGCGGGUUAGAGUGCGUUUAUGUAGCACCUCGGCCCAGACGAAGACCCACGUCAACAAGCACAAGCUCCCCCAAGAAUGCAAGGUCCGACAGGUCAUCAUCACAAUCCAGCAUAUCCCACUCAGAUGAGUUUAUAAGACUCCCACGCUUGCAGGAGAUGCAACUCUUCUACAGGGCGUGCGAGUCGACUCUCCCCUCAAUAGCCAAAGACGACGAAGACCGCCGCUUCUGGAAUGGGAAAAUCCCCCAGUUUGCCGUUUGCCACGACUAUGUCAUGGACAGUCUACUUGCUGUGUCUGCUCUCCAUCUGGCAUCAGAGCAACUUGACGCGGAUGAGAUUCCUACGUGGUUGGAGACUGCUUUAACGUAUCAGACCCACGCGACUACCGGGUUGCGACAGGAGCUCGUGACAAACCCGCAGAAUAUUGAGGCGUCUUUCAUGUGCUCUGCUAUCAUCUUAAUACUAGUGACUGCUUAUCCAGGCAUUUGCCGAGAUGAGACACCGGUCGAUCCGCUGUGCGAGAUCAUGACACUUCGAUCGAUUCUUAGCGGAGCCGCAUUUUUAUGGAUGCAGAUGUUCCACGGUACCGAGCGAGCCUGGCUUGAUGCUUGGAUAUAUCAGGAUGGAAAUAACAGGCUUGCAAUUGCCAGAGCAAAGCUAAGGACCAAAGCCAAGUACAAAGCUAAUUCAAACGCCAAUAGGACUAUUUUACAAAAAUUCCACACCUUGCGCCCAUUCAUCGAAGGCAUUCCCGGGCCACAACUGAAUAUCUACCGGGAUACAUAUAAGCUGCUGCUACAAAGCUUGGAAUGCUGGCCAUCCGGGCAGGGGAGCCUGGUUUGGCCAAUCCGGGUAAGCGAUGAAUUCAUGAACCUAGUCAAACAAGGCGAAUGGAUGGCGCUUAUCUUCGUGCUGUUCCACGGGCUGGACAAGCAUCUAUCUUCACGAAAAUGGUUUGCUCGAGAGUCAGGGAAGCGAUUGGUUCACGGUGUGAUCCAGAAUUUCGCUGGAACUUUUCCUCCGGAAUGGGUGGGCUUGGUUGAAUGGGUUAGGCAAGCUGUGGAAGUGUGA